AUGUCCGUCCUCGCCGCCCCCUCCCCAACCCUUUACGUCUCCAACCUCGAGUCCAAGACAAAGAAAAUAGAGCUCAAGCAGCAACUCUACGCCCUCUUCGCCCCAUAUGGCACCGUAAUCGAUGUGGUAGCAAAGAAGCACGGAGGCGGACGGGGACAGGCCUUUGUAGUCUUUCGAGAACAAGCGGCUGCUACGGCGGCUUUGAGAGGAUUAUCAGGCGAGAGCUUUUACAGCAAAGAACUGAGAAUAUCAUACGCCAAGUCCCCAUCCCAUGCCACCUUAGCACACGAAGAUCCUACCUCGUCCAGAGAAGCGGCCGCUGUUCAAGCCGCCAAGCUUACCGUCUCCCGCGCACAGGACGAGUACGAGCAGUUGGAGAAGGAGAGGCAUGAUGAAGAAGCCGGAGUCUCGGGAGGAGGUGAGAAGAGGGGGCUGGAAGAUGGCGAAGAGGGUCGGGGAGCAAAGAGGGUCAAGGGGGAGAAGGAGGACGACGAGGAGAUGGAUAUCGAGGAAGACAGUGAUGAUGAAUAA